GGGUCGGUGGGUGUCUCUCGCUCGCUCGCUCUUUCUCGCUUGCUUUCUCUCCUGGCCUCAUGCGUUUCCCCCCCCUCGCGGCGCUCGCCCGCUCUCCCUCGCUCUCGCUCUGUCUUUUUUGGGCGCCAUGCUGAGGGGAAGGGAAGAUGGUGAGUUGGAGGAAGGUGAACUGGAAGAUGACGGGGCCGAGGAGGCCCAGGACACCUCCGGAGGACCCGAGAGGAGCCGGAAGGAAAAGGGGGAGAAGCACCACAGCGAUUCGGACGAGGAGAAGCCCCACCGGAGGCUGAAGCGGAAACGGAAGAAAGAGCGGGAGAAGGAGAAGAGGAGGUCGAAGAAGAGAAGGAAAUCCAAGCACAAACGCCAUGCUUCUUCCAGCGAUGACUUUUCUGACUUCUCAGAUGACUCCGAUUUUAGCCCCAGCGAGAAGGGGCACCGCAAGUACAGAGAGUACAGCCCCCCGUAUGCACCGUCCCACCAGCAGUACACCCCGUCGCACACCACCCCCCUGCCCAAGAAGUCCUACUCCAAGAUGGACAGCAAAGGCUACGGCAUGUACGAAGGCUAUGAGGACGAGCAGUACGGGGAGUACGAGGGUGAUGAGGAGGAGGAUGCGGGCAAGGAGGACUAUGAUGACUUCACCAAGGAGCUCAACCAGUACCGGCGUGCCAAGGAGGGCAGCAGCCGGGGCCGAGGCAGCCGAGGCCGUGGCAGGGGCUACCGGGGCCGAGGAAGCCGAGGGUCUCGAGGCCGAGGCAUGGGCAGGGGAAGCCGAGGAAGGGGCAGAGGCUCGGUGGGAGACCACCCAGAGGAUGAAGAGGACUUCUAUGAAGAGGAGAUGGAAUAUGGAGAAAGUGAGGAGCCAAUGGGAGAUGAGGAUUAUGAUGAAUAUUCCAAGGAACUGAACCAGUACCGCCGGUCCAAGGAUGGCCGAGGACGAGGGUUAAGUCGAGGCCGUGGUCGGGGUUCCCGGGGUCGAGGGAAAGGGAUGGGCCGGGGUCGUGGUCGAGGUGGCAGCCGAGGAGGGAUGAACAAGGGUGGAAUGAAUGAUGACGAAGACUUCUAUGACGAGGACAUGGGGGAUGGUGGUGGAAGCUACCGGAGGAGUGACCAUGACAAGCCCCACCAGCAGUCUGAUAAGAAAGGCAAAGUCAUCUGCAAAUACUUCGUGGAAGGGCGGUGCACGUGGGGAGAUCACUGUAAUUUCAGUCAUGACAUUGAGCUACCGAAGAAGCGAGAACUGUGCAAGUUUUACAUCACUGGAUUUUGUGCCCGAGCUGAGAACUGCCCCUACAUGCAUGGUGAUUUUCCAUGUAAGUUGUACCACACAACUGGGAAUUGCAUCAAUGGUGACGACUGCAUGUUCUCCCAUGACCCUUUGACUGAGGAAACGAGAGAGCUCUUGGAUAAGAUGUUGGCUGACGAUGCAGAGGCUGGUGCCGAGGAUGAGAAGGAAGUUGAGGAACUGAAGAAGCAGGGCAUCAACCCCCUGCCCAAGCCACCUCCUGGCGUGGGCCUCCUGCCCACUCCCCCUCGCCCCCCUGGCCCCCCAGCCCCGACCUCUCCAAACGGCAGGCCUAUGCAGGGCGGCCCCCCACCGCCACCGCCCCCGCCACCGCCCCCUGGGCCCCCUCAGAUGCCCAUGCCAGUGCACGAGCCACUGUCCCCACAGCAGCAGGACAUGUAUAACAAGAAGAUCCCCUCUUUGUUUGAAAUUGUGGUGCGGCCCACAGGGCAGCUGGCAGAGAAGCUGGGUGUGAGGUUCCCUGGACCCGGAGGACCCCCAGGGCCAAUGGGCCCUGGACCCAACAUGGGCCCCCCAGGGCCUAUGGGGGGCCCAAUGCACCCUGACAUGCAUCCGGAUAUGCACCCGGACAUGCACCCCGACAUGCACCCGGACAUGCACCCAGACAUGCCAAUGGGUCCUGGCAUGAACCCUGGCCCACCCAUGGGACCCGGUGGCCCCCAGAUGAUGCCCUAUGGUCCUGGAGACUCCCCACAUUCUGGAAUGAUGCCCCCCAUCCCACCAUCCCAAAACUUCUAUGAAAACUUCUACCAGCAGCAGGAGGGCAUGGAGAUGGAGCCAGGACUCGUUGGGGACGCAGAGGACUACGGGCACUACGAAGAGCUGCUGGGGGAGCCUGGGGAGCGCCUCUUCCCCGAGCACCCUCUGGAGCCCGACUUCUCUGAGGGAGGGCCCCCAGGCCGGCCGAAGCCGGGCGCCGGUGUCCCCGACUUCCUGCCCUCAGCCCAGAGGGCCCUGUACCUGAGGAUCCAGCAGAAGCAGCAGGAGGAGGAGGAGAGAGCGAGGAGGCUGGCUGAGAGCAGCAAGCAGGACCGGGAGAAUGAGGAAGGUGACACCGGAAACUGGUACUCAAGUGAUGAGGAUGAGGGUGGGAGCAGCGUCACCUCUAUCCUUAAGACCCUGAGGCAGCAGACAUCUAGCCGACCCCAGGCUUCCAUCGGGGAACUGAGCAGCAGUGGGCUGGGGGACCCCCGCCUCCAGAAAGGACACCCCACAGGAGGCCGGCUAGCUGACCCCCGCCUCAGCCGGGACCCCAGACUUACCCGUCACGCUGAGGCUUCUGGUGGGUCAGGCCCAGGUGAUGUGGGGCCCUCCGACCCUCGGCUGGCUCGCUCCUUGCCCACCCCAAAGCCCGAAGGCAGCCUUCAUUCCAGCCCUGUGGGCCCCAGUGUCCCCAAGGGGGCUGGACCACCCCCUGCAGAGGAGGAAGAAGGGGAGCGGGCCCUGCGGGAGAAGGCCAUGAACAUUCCCCUGGAUCCCCUCCCGGGGCACCCGCUGCGGGACCCACGGUCACAGCUGCAGCAGUUCAGCCACAUCAAGAAGGACGUGACCCUGAGCAAGCCAAGCUUUGCCCGCACUGUGCUCUGGAACCCUGAGGACUUGAUCCCCCUGCCCAUCCCCAAGCAGGACGCCGUGCCCCCUGUUCCUGCAGCCCUGCAGUCCAUGCCUGCCCUGGAUCCCAGGCUGCACCGGGCUACCACCGCGGGGCCUGCCAACUCCCGGCAGCGGCCGGGCGCUUCCGCAGACCCUGGCACAUCUGGCUCCAACCUGCCUGACUUCGAGCUCCUCUCACGCAUCCUCAAGACUGUCAAUGCCACUGGCUCCUCAGCAGCCCCCAGCGACAAGCCCAGUGAUCCCCGGGUGCGGAAGGCACCCACCGACCCUCGGCUGCAGAAACCAGCAGACUCUGUUGCUUCCUCCCGGGCCCCCAAGCCUGGCCCCACCGACGCGCCCUCUCCAGCCACCAGCCCCAGUGGGGAGUCCUCCCCGCCAGCCACUGCCCCCUAUGAUCCCCGAGUGCUGGCUGCUGGUGGGCUGGGCCAGGGUAGCGGGAGUGGGCAGAGCAGUGUGCUGAGUGGCAUUAGCCUCUAUGACCCCAGGACUCCCAAUGCAGGUGGCAAACCUACAGAGCCAGCUGCUGACUCGGGCACCCAGCCCAAGGGCCCCGAGGGCAAUGGCAAGAGCUCAGCCACCAAGGCCAAGGAACCCCCGUUUGUCCGCAAGUCGGCCCUGGAACAGCCUGACUCUGGGAAAUCCAGUGCAGAUGGGGGCACAGCUACAGCCACAGACAGAUACAACAGUUACAACCGGCCCCGGCCCAAGGCUGCGGCGGCCCCUGCCCCGGCCACGGGCACUCCGCCACCAGAGGGUGCCCCACCUCAGCCUGGCGUGCACAACCUGCCUGUGCCCACACUCUUUGGGACUGUGAAACAGGCACCCAAGACAGGCUCAGGAAGCCCGUUUGCUGGCAACAGCCCAGCCCGCGAGGGCGACCAGGACGCAGGGUCCCUGAAAGAUGUUUUUAAAGGCUUUGACCCCACAGCCUCCCCCUUCUGCCAGUAGUGUUAAGCCAGAGUCGAGGGCUCCCUGCCCCCCUCCCUUCCCAGGGUGAUACAUAAGGGCAGCAACCAGAGUUGGGAACUGCAGAAGAGGGGGAAGGGGUUCUGGGUGUUCUUUCUUUUCCUCCUCCCUCUUUUUUUUAAGUAGUACUUUCUUUGGAACAUAAAUUGUAUAUAACCAUCUUCAGUUCUGGUCAGUGCUAUGGGGCUCCCAGGCUUCCCCACCCUCCACCAAAAACCUGCUUGUGCACGUGAGCAGUUGUGUGAGGCCCUGGGCUUCAGCCCCAGCUGGCACUCCACUUGACUGGGCCAGUCUUCAGGGACUCCCUAAAGUCCGUGGGUCCGUUGGGUUUUGUGGGCAAAGCUGGCCUCUCCUCCCCUGCCCCCAGGACAAAGGGACUGGUAGGCACCUGAGGGCAUUGAGCUGCUCACCCAUGUUGCUUGAAGAAGGAUGGAGCCGAGACGGUGGGCAGGAUCUGCCCGGAAGCUGGUCCAGGCAUGUCUAGGGCCCUGGGUCCUCUCGGUGAGCCAGCCACAAUGACUUGCUUUAGCAGCCGGUAAAACAGUGUCAAAGGAAGAAAAAGGCAAAGAGCCCUUGGGAGCUGCCUGAGCUGGAAGAAGCAGAGCCUUUCCCACUGCUGUCGUGUGUGGAUUCCCACACAGGCCUCCCGGCCGGCCUCCAUCCAGCGUACAUCCACAGACCUGCCUCCUCCAGCACUUGUCAGAGACUCGAGGGUGAGAGACGGACCUGGAGGCGGCGGGGCUGGCAUGGGGGGCCAUGCCUCCAGGAGGCAGCCUGCGCACUGCAUGUUUUUUGUCAGUAUUAGCUCUUGUCCUGUCCUGACGCGGUCAUGCCCUCCCCUCACUCUGGGGUCUGUCCUGGGCCUCAGAACCAGAGUGCCCACUGCCGCCCCAGCCCCUCGGGACAGCCCCAGGAUCUGCCGCGGCCGCUCCACAGGCCCCUGGCACGUGGAGCUCUGGGUGGUCCCGGCGAGGUGUUCCUGCUCUCUGCUUGCUUCUCCCCUCCUUGCACGUAACUUUAGGGCCCCUGGUUUGGGUGUUUGACGGGGCCCAAGUGCAGAGGUGUAUUCCAGUGUUGGAUCUGUAGACACGUCCAGAAAGGCCUGAGGAAAGAGCAGGAGACGAGCCAGGGCUGGGUAGGGGGCCGUUAGGCCUCCCCAGGUGGUGGGCUGGAAGCCCUGCUGAGGGUGGGGAUGUGGAACCGGCACCCUCAUCCUGCUCCCCUCAUCUGGGUGAGCCGAGAAGGGAGAGGAGGCGUCUGCUCCAGGCUGCCCCCAGGUGCCAGGAAUGACAGGGAGCAGGGGAGGCGGGUGCCCGCGUGUUCCCUGUGCCAGCCCGAGGUGACAUGCCCAGCACCUGGGAAUGGUGCCUCCAGACAGCUCGGGCUUUUCCUCAGCAGCUGGCACCUGUACCCUGUGGCUCCUGAGCUCGCCUGGGGCCAGUCUCGGCCUUAGAUACUGUGGUGACCUGCACAGGCGUGACCUGCCGUGCUAGUGUAACAGAAGAGACCUGGGCUGAGGUCCAGCCUGUCCAGAGGAGGCUCCCCUGUGGACGUGGCCUGUGACUUAGGGCUCUUUCCUACCCGUGUCAACUCCCCGGCCAUUUUCUCCUGGUUCCACCACCUCAGUCACCUUGCUUCUGGCCCCUGUCUCUUCCUUGCUAGUGAGGAAACCUGGCCAAAAGUUCCCUCUUCCACCUCCUUGGGGUGAAGGUAAACAAGGCUCCUAUACCAAACCCUUCUCCCCCGGAAAAAAAAAUAAAAGUUGAGUUUGGGGCCAGAAGCAAUGGUGGGAGAGGCCAGCCCCCCAGGGUCAGUGCGCGUGGCCAGGUCGGUUUGGCUUGUCUGUGUCUUUUUUGUUUCAUUUUUUUUUUUUUAAUCAUUACUGAGAUUUUUCUUUAGCCACCAGUGCUGGCCUUGAAGCAGAGGGCUGCAGCCUUUGGUCUUUAUAAACUAGGAAUACACAGUGUGGCUGUGGGGUUUUUUUUUUCUUUGAGAAUUUUUUUUGUAAAAGCAAAAUUAAAUACUUUUUUAAACUGAAAUCUGUGGAUGAAUUAGAAGCUGGAACCCUCCUCUUGGAACAUCAGCCUAAGAACCUCUUAAGACUAUGAAUUCACCCAAAAUACUCACUUGCCAUCAGGCCGAGCUUUUAAAAAAAAAUUGUUCUCUAACCAGGAUUGUAACAAAAGUGUAAAUACUGUUUCAGAGUUGAAAGUUGAUGGUGCAAAUAUGUAUAUAACGUACUGUAUUUUUACAAUGAUCGUCGCAUGACCCUCUCUCACCCCCCUUUUUGUAUUCCAUAUCUGUCUUCCAGAAAUGUCACCUGCCCUCUCUCCUGUGGUCUCUUAAUCCAGUAAUUGUAUUACUGCCAUUAAAGGAUGCAGUUAUUUUAAAAAGC